UUUCUAGUCUUCUUGCUUUUAACAUGGCCGCAUGUUAGUUUAAAAAUUUUCUUUAUUGUUUGCCAACGAAAAUCGAGAAUAGUGGUGGUGUUUUCAAAGAAAAACAUCCAUUUGCCGAAUAGUAAUAUACUUUUGCGUAGUUUUCACGUUUAUUUAUUUAUAUAACGGUUUGUCAAGCGUCAUUAUUAGUAUUUAAAGUUUAAAAGCACCCUCCCAAGUAGUUUCAAAACCUGUAGGAAAUCAGUUUAUAUAUUCCUAUUUACUUUUUAUACUAUUAUUAUUAAUUAUGCUACAAGAACAUCAUAUGAAUCAAAAUGGAAUGCAAAGAAACCCUCGCAUCGGAAUGCAACAAAUGGGCCCUCCUCCUAAUCAGCGACCACCAAUUAUGAUGAGCAUGCCUGCAACAGGUGUUCAAGGUGUCCUAGUUUCAAUGCCGCCUGGUUCUGGACCCACCUUGAUUACCCCCACGUCGAUUCCGCAACAACCACAACCGCAACCUAAGCCUUUGCAACCUCAAGUCUAUCACUAUGAAGCUAUGCCCUCACACCAAACCCAAAACACACAGCAACAGAAUGAGCCAGAUCAUCAACAGCUGUCUUCAAGCAAUCAUAAUCAGGAACAACAAAUGAGUCAGCAGAGUCCAAACUCCAACAGUUCGGGACAAAACCUUCCUUUGGCAAACAUUAAAGAAAAAACUCCAAUGUGCUUGGUUAAUGAAUUAGCAAAAUACAAUAAGAUCCAACACCAGUACCGUUUGACCGGAGAACAAGGACCGGCACAUAAAAAAAUCUUCACAGUAACUUUAAAGCUCGGGAAGGAAGAAUAUGAAGCCGAAGGGCCCAGUAUUAAGAAGGCGCAGCAUUCCGCAGCGGCUAAAGCAUUGACCAAGACAGAAUUUAAGCAUCCACCACCAAAGACCAUCAUUAACAGGCCUGGUAUUCGGCAACAUACAUUAGGGAUGGUGACCCCAACAGUUGAACUAAAUGCACUUGCUAUGAAAAGAGGGGAAAGGGCAAUUUACGUCGUUGAGGGUGGAGCGCCGCCACAUCAGGGUUAUAUUGUGAACCAACCAGCCUUUUUUCCAAGAUACAGUUUCAAUUAUCCGCAGGCACAGCCUAGGUAUGGAUUUGAUUCACGGCGGAAUGUGAGGAGCGGCUAUCCCUACGAUAAUCGAUAUUACGGCCAGUACCGACAAGGUCCGCCUCAUCACAACCAAAGCGAUCCAUACAUCGUACGGCUGCGCGUCGGAGACCGCGAGUACCCAGGUACUACUAAGACUAGUACUAAAUAUGGGCAUGGUGCCACGGUUCAGGCAGCAAGGCACGAUGCGGCUUCUAAAGCCAUCGAUCAUAUUAAGCAGCUGGGAGGUAUCGAUACCACUGAUAAUCCGUGUGAAAACGGUCAUAUCACUGAAUCGCAAUCAAGCCCAAAUGACGUUAACUCGGAACUUAAAUCUCCUAUUUCUUUGGUAUACGAAAUAGCCCUCAAGAGAAAUAUGAAUGUUACUUUUGAAGUCCUUAGUGAAAAGGGUCCUCCACAUAUGAAAGUUUUUGUCACUCAGUGCAGAGUUGGCAAUUUUUUGGCUGAGGGAGAGGGCAAUGGAAAAAAGGUCUCUAAAAAGCGGGCUGCUGAAAAAAUGUUAGAGGAACUAUCAAAAUUGCCACCGAUACCAAAUAUGUGUAACAUAACUCAGUUAAAGAGAAAACGGGUAACCAAUAAGAAGAAAACUAGAAAUCUGAUCAAGGUUAACGUUGAUAAACCAACAGAGGCUACAGAGGAGAUUAACCCGAUAUCCCGUCUUAUUCAAAUUCAACAAGCAAAUAAAGAAAGGGAACCCGUUUAUACAGUGUUGGAAGAACGCGGAGCGCCAAGACGUCGGGAAUUUGUUAUUGAAGCGUCCGUUAAUGGUCACUCUUGUACUGGUGUUGGACCGAACAAAAAAGUAGCCAAGCGUAAUGCUGCAGAAGCCUUACUAACAGAACUGGGUUACAGCUCUACCCCUACUCCUAAAUCCCCUCAACAGAAAAUUGAGAAAGAUAAUCAACAAGAUACACAAAAUGACAAAAGUCGAAAAGUUACUUUUGUAGAGGAGAAACAUGAGACCCAACCAACACAAAAUAUUGGGGGUAGUGGGGGCAGACAGUUGGUACCUGGGGUAUUGUUAGUUAGUGAACAAAAUAGUGGAUUCGCCAAGCCAAAAACGGAUAACAUAGAACCUCUUAAGCAAGUGGUCCAGCCCGCUCCUUUAAAAAAUCCUCCACCGGGAGUCAGGUCCAAGGAUCAACUAAUGUAUUUGGCUCAACUGAUGAACAUUCAGGUUCAUUUUUCGGACUUUCCAAAAGCCAACCAUGAAAUGUAUCUAACAUUGGUAUCACUUGGUACUAAUCCACCCCAGGUAUGCCAUGGAGAAGGUUCAACUACUGAGGCAUCCCACGAGAAAGCAGCCUUAGAAGCACUUAAAGUAUUGUCCGAAUUGGGACUUGAUAUUGCUGCCAGCAAGGAAAAUCAGCAAAACAAAGAGUAAAUGAAGAAAUAUUUGUCGUUUUGAUGAAGCAUUAUAUCAGGUCCUCAAUAUUUUUGUUACAUAUUGUGUACCUGUUAAGUAUUCCAUUUACUUUUGUGGGAGUUUAGAAUGCUUUAUCAAAAUGAUGACCUGGCUGACUUGUUUCACAUAUAUCUAACUUUGAAAAAUUGGACUUAAUCUCAACUUUUUAAAAUUCAAAUUAUUAUUCUUUUAUAUAAAGCAUUUUUAAGUGAAUGUUCUGUGAAAUUUAAAUGUAUUCUUAAGACCAUAAAUGAAGACUCCGCAUUUAAUGCGGACUAAUUAUUAUUUAUAAAAUAGGAUAGUCUCAUUAUUUGAAAACGACGAGAGCUGAUUUGCGUUUUCUGCUCUACGUGUGUCACUCUUAAAUAUUUAUCUAAUCCUACACAUGUGGCAGUUGCCUUACUCCCUUGAUUACUUGCUAACAAAAAAAUAUUUACGUUGAUUAAAAACCAGAUAGAUAGAAUGUUUUACGUAUUAUAAUAUCGGCUAAGUCAAAAAAGGCAGCCCAAAUAAAUACAUUAGUCUGAAUUUGAGGUCAAAAUGUAGACGUCAAUAAUGAUAGCAAUUUUAAUGCUGGGGCUUGCGGACGGUUAUAACUGUUUACAUUAUAAAAAACUUAUUAGAAAAAAAUUGAGGUUAUGUCAGGUUUAUUUUUAACAAGAAAUGGCAAAUGUGAAAUUGGUCUGCACAUUUUUAAUAUUUUUAAUCUAUUUACAAAUUAUGAACUCGAUGUAACCAUACCAAUGAAGUAGAUUAUUUAGAAUAUUAAAGAUUUUUUCUUAGUAUGAACACGAUAAUUUAAUGCACUAAUAAAACAAUUACACGUGUCAACUUUUUGAUUUAGUGAUUUUUCGAUGUAAAAAGUCCUGUGUAAUGGCUUAAAUUAUAAUAUUUACAAUAUUAUUACUAUAGUAAAACAUAAUGUGAAUAUCCCUUUUUUCGAACGAUUGGUCAGGCACAUAUUUUACUUAUAGACUUUUAGUCCCUUGGACGUCAUACAGUCAUAAUGCAAAUUAAAUAUUCUAAAUACAUGCAUUAUCAAAAGUUACCUGUACAAAACAAUAAAUUCUUAACGUGUCACAAGUUAAUUUAAUCAUUCAUAAAAUGUUUAUCAUAAUAAACGUAUAUAUAUUUUAAAUUACCAGGCAUAAAUCACUUUUAGUAUGUUUCUUUUUCACUUCAUUUACAGAAGUAUUGAUUAUUUUAUUUACAUCAAACCAUGUAUGAAACUAUAUAAAAUAAAAAGAAAUGCACGUCACGAGCCACAUACUCGAUUGUGAGAAUGCGCCGUUAACAAAAUUGUUAUGUUAAAGUGGUUAAAUGUUAUUAAAACAUAUUAAAGAUAUUUUUAGUAAGGUAUGUUUUUAAUAAUAUAUAUUACAAAAUAGAAAAUAUUAAUUCUGACUAAAAGUCAUGCUACUAACAAAUUUAAAAGUUCCUAGUUUCAAAGAAAACCAAAGAUUCACAAGACAUGAAUAGCUAAAUGAACAUACGAAACUAAAAAAUCUUAAGGAAUUGUCUAAAUUAACAUUCCAUUGUUGCCAAUAAGGGCUGGAAAUUUCUGAUCCAAACAUAACAAUUUUCGUGUUGCCUCUUACCGUGUCUAAAAGUAGUUGUCAGCUAAAUGUUUUUCUUAACAAAUGAAGUGCAACACAAUUAGGCUGUGGUAAAUCUGCAUUUAACAAGUUAAUUCCUCUUUACCUUCAGUAUGCACAUUUUGGAGAUGGUAAUAUAAAAAUUGCUUUAGAUAGCUAGAGUAACUUAAGCAUAACCGCCUCUCUGUGACGAAUUCAGGAAACGCGGAAAGGAAUGAAAUAAAUACAACAAAUAUUAAUUUAAUUUAACUACAAUAAAUCAUUGUAGAAUCUUCGCAAUUUUGAUUUUCCGCUCUGUGACGUAAAUUGAUUUUUAUUUUAUGUAUUUACAGGGUGUUUCAUAUCAAUUCGGCACUAUUGUUAACUUCUUUCUUCUGACUUACAAGCAGUAUUGAAAUCAGGUCCUCAUAAUUAACAUAUUGAAAACAUAAACAUUGUCGUUAUCUGACACAAAAAGUCGAAUUUUUGAUUCUAUACAAUACAAUCAUUUUUAAUUGCCUUUUAUACUUUAGCACAUAUCGGAACAAUUGUUUUUUCUUAUGUUGAAAUAUUUUGUAAUUUCGGUUAAAUACCAAAAUCAAACAAACUGUUUAAGUUAGUGCCCCAAUAUUUGUUAUUUUCAGAAAUGUAUAAACUGCAUUUAUAAAAAAUUAUGCAACUUUGCAUAUCUUUUUUUUAAUUAUGUAUAAAUUGCGUUAUUCUGGUAUAGCAUUUUAUAGGGCAUUUUUUCUGUCUCGUUUUAUACAUGUUUUGUAUAGAAAGUUGUAAAUAGUAAAUUCUUGUUCAGCUUUCAAAAUGUUAAUCAGGGGAAAAAUUGUACCACUUUCUGAACUUAAUGUAAGUCCUAUCUUUGCUAAUAACCACGUUAGCAAUAAUGUCGCCUAAGCUAUAAUGAAUGAUUGCUUAUUAUAUAACUUACGAACGAGUCUCGAAAGGCACCAAAAAAUACACCAUAAUUAAUAAUAUUCCCACUAUUUAUGUUUUUUUUUUUUUGGGAAAAUAUAUGGUUCUAUGGUUUCAUUAUUCAUUUUCUUUUCAUUGGUAUAUAUGUUACACCACUCAGAGUUCCAUGUGGCCAUUUCAAAAUUUAAAAAUGUUAAAACCGUGUUAAUGAUAAUUACUAAAAUCUCGAGAGUUGCGGUUUAAUUUUUCUCGACCUGCUCUUGUAUUUUUGUAUGACGAACCGUAUGCUUAUACGGUCCAUACAUUCGUACCAGUUGCCCCAUUUUUGCUAUGCACAGUUAACUCUCGUUCUUUAAUAUUAAUGUGCUGCUAUUCUUAAAAUACAUUUACUAAAUGGUGGUUCAAAACCGUCCUUAAAACUCAGUUGAAGAUUCAACACAUACAUUGUUUAAUAAGAAAUUGCACUCAAAUGCUUUCGGGCGCAUAAACUGAUAUUCACGUACACUACCAAAAGCAGACAGAUAGUUAUGGAACAUUUAAAAGUGCCAAAAAAAAAACCUAUUCAAAAUGGCGUAAACUAAAGCUUGUUAAUUCCAUAUAUAUAUUCUGUAUGUCACAAAAAAAAAGACGCUAGAGGGCUGUAUUACUUACCAUCAAAAAAUUUCGAAAUAUUAAUUGCAGAUAAUAAGUAAAACGUUGACACAAUAAAGAAUUCUCGCAUGUAGUGAAUAUAUUGAAUUACUGUUUAUAUAUCUAUUUUGAUAAGAAUUGAAGUAAUUUCAUGCUUCUUCAUUUCAAUCAUUUGUUUGUAAUUUAUUUUGAUGCAAGAAGUAUUUAUUAUAGAAUGUUUUACUCAUUGGGCUUUCAUCUAUAUAUAUCUAGGGGAAUGAAACAAAAUAUCUAUAUUUUGACGGUUUGUACAAUGAGUUUAAUUUGCGUGGUUUAUAAUAUGAGCAUGGAACAUGCGCAGCGAAAGCAUUAAAAUCUAUCUUAGUUUCUAAAUAUAACAUUUUUAUUAUGAUAAAUUGUAAACAAUUAUAUAGGAAGGGGAACACCUGAAAAACACUUGGUAUAUUAAUAAAAGCACAAUUGGGUAUUCAAGUUAUAGAUGCACUGAAAUUUAAAGGUACAAGAGUAGAAUGCGGCUCUCGAGAUUUUGGUUUAUUAAUUACUUGAAUAGCUUAGAAUUAUUCCUUAUCCUGUUAUUUAUGUGAUGUCAUUUAGCAUUUUCCGACAUACAUAUUAAAUGAUUUCAUAUACAAUUGCAUAAUUCUAGUUAUUAAAAAUGCUUCGGCACACGAACAGUGUUACAAAAAAAUAUUAUAAAGCUACCAUGUAAUUUUUGUAACAUUCUUUAGUAACUUCCUGUAUAAUGGGGGUGUAAUAGUAUAGGAGGGAAGGACCUGAAAUCUUGUAAAUUUUUGAAAUAUUACACUGAUUUUAAAAAUAAAUAGAAAUUAAUAAUUUUUUUAUUGAUCAUUUCUUAUUUAAUGUACAGCUAUUAAGAUAAAAAGGAUAAGUUUAUCACAGAGAAUUUGUCAUAGUUAAAACGCAGAAAAAAACACACAGUAAUUUUUAUCUAUACGUUAUUAAUGUUACGAGAAAAAGCACACGUUUUCGUUCUUAUUUCCUUCCCUCUAUUCUAUCAUGCAUAUAAGUAGUAUUGCCUUUCCGAAUUUCGUUUUAGUUAUGGGGCAACCGAAAACGAAAUCGAGAAGUAGCUCACAAUUUAAUAGUCUUAUACUUCGUCUUAAACUGAUCGGCAAGUUUGAAAUGUAGAAAGCUACGUUAUAUUAAUUGUUCCAACCAGCGAUUUUGUCUUUAUUAAUUUGUAAUGAAUUCAAGAAAUUUACAGUUUUAUGAUCCACUUAUUGUAAAUUUUCGAUUGAUUUUUACAUAAUACGUAAACAUCUUGGAUAACAUGGAUUGUUUUCGAGCAGGUUAGAACAAGAUAUGUUGGGCGCAGGUUAACAACUGUUUUAUUUUAUCAAAUUUUCGAUCAGUUAAGAGUAUUCAAAUUUUUAUACAGCUAGUCACUUAAUUUUUUGACUACCUGCUUUAAAUCUAAAAGACCGUUGAAAUUAGAAUUAGGUUUCAGAAUUGUAUAUUUAUUUUCGUAGGAUUGAAACGCCAAUAUCAGUGUUUUAUUAAUUAUUGUUUAAGUUUAGUGUUUACAUAUUUCAUUUAAGAAUAAAAUUUGUUAAUAAUCGUAGAGCAAAAAGUUGGUAAUUAUUUUAUUAUUAUUGCAAGGCCAUUUCCUUUUAGAUUAGAUGCCUGUAAUUUCUGUCAUUAGAAUUCUAUUAGGUUAAAUUCUAAAAAACUAUAUUAAGUGUAAUAAAAUAAUACUUUAUCAUUCAUAGCAGAAUAACAGUUUUGGUUAAUAUUUUUAUUGUAAUAUUAAUCAUUUCUUUGAGUUUUUUUCACUCAAUUUCUAACGUACAGAUUUUGCAAGGCUUAUUGUGAUUUAUUUAUUGUUGUUUCCAUUUAUCGUCAUGCGUUUCUCUUAAAGAGUUAGAGUAGUCUUAUAACUAGGACAAAAGUGUUUGAUAUUGUUUUGUAUUUUGUAACAUGAUAUGAAGAACACCUCCUUAUUGAUUUCCAAAAAAAAAAUUUAUACAGAAUAAUUUAAAUACGGGAUUUUGCAACAGUAUGUAAUCCUUCUGUAGGGCUGAAAGAAUUAAAAGAUUUUAGGGCAGUAUUAUUUGUUUUAAUGAUAAUAUAAAUAAUACGAAUGUCUCGUUCUAAAACAAAAAUACUACACUCUAGUUAAUAAUUGCACUUAAACGUCUAACCUCCGCUUCCUAGUCCAUUAUGCUGCAGCAGGAUCCUGUAAACUUUUCUAUGUUAAGUGCAUAUGAUUUAAAAAAAAACUGAAAUAUAUAUUUUGUCAUUGACCUGACCUUAAUCAAUUAAGUAAUGUAAGGCAUUUGUAGGAUUAAACUCAUUUUCCGGUCAAAAUACUCGUAGAGAUGUUUUUCUAUUUUAGUUCAGUAUCUGCUUCCUUAGGUGGAGGAGGAAAAUGAAUAAUUGCAUUGUCCAGUCUAUUUGUUAAUUGAUUUAAGAUUGGAGCUUUUACUAACUCUCCUCCAUUAUAUAGUUGCUUUGUUAUCAUUAUAGACCGGCUCCUAAUGCCUAUUAUUGCUUUUGAUAAUGAUAUUGAAUCGAGGUUAGUUAUUUUGCCAAAAUAUAUUCAUAUGUACACUAUCAUAUGAUUGGCAAGUAAAUAACUUUUUGUGAACUGUAGAAUAUUAGCGUGCUUUUUUUAUUUGUAAAUUUAUAUCAUAUUGGGCCGAUUUUUAAUUCCUUUCUAUUGUAAGUAGUAUUAAGAAAUUGUGUUUAUAUUAUAAAGGUCUAUAAUAUGCAUUUUAAACAUAUAUUCGUUUCAGAUUAUGGAUAAUUUUUAUCAUUAUUCAAGUAUUUGCAAGUAUUCUAUACGUGUAUUAUUGAGCUACUUGCCCUCAUUUAAAUUUGAAAUCAAUAAACAUUGUUUGACUCA